CAGAUUUUGAUGAUAUCCGAUGAUCGGCUAGUCUUGUGCAACUGGACAGUUGAAUUUUGUCAUAAGAGAAAAUGAUGUUGGUGUUGGCAAUGGGGGCUCUUCACAUGCGUCAUCGGGCUGACGAUCUCACUCCCAAAUUCAAAUCCAUGCUCGUUUACAGCAAGGUUCAGCAUAUUAUUUGCACCAGCAAUCUCUAUAUCAAAAUCACUAUCUUUUUACCAUCCGAAUCUUUCACUCCUUACAAAAAAUUGUAUGUAUGCAUAUUUCUCUCGGCUUAUUUCCUGCUUUGCUUGAAACCUUAACCUACACCACAAAGGGAACUAUAUACUUAAUCCGAGGUAGCCCAUCGAUCAACACACGAGACUCAUCUGGGCUUGCAUCAAGAUUAACUCAUUCAUCUCUCAUUAACGUCUAGUACCAUUGUUCUGCCACUCUCUGUCCGUCUUCUUGUGGCCCGGUCGGUCGGGUUAUGCUGAAUACCAAUUUGUUUAUAUUCUGGUUGCAGUUUCCAGCAUUAUGACAAAAAUUUCUAACGAGUUUUUAGAUCACAAUUAUUG